CUCACUCAAAUACCAAAAACAAAAACAUUUUCCACAUUUUCCUUUUUCAAAAUUUGUUUGGAAAAAAUGGCCGGUUCAUCAACUUUUUGCCUUCUCAUUAUUUUCCUCCUCUUAACGUUAACAAACUUGUCAAUUGCCACGAGAAAGCUAACCUCGCUAUACCAACCCCCACCAAUGGCUUUAACGUACCAUAACGGCGUUUUGCUCGAAGGAAACCUCUCCAUUACCGUUCUAUGGUACGGCAAAUUCUCACCAACCCAGAAAUCCAUUAUCGCAGAUCUUCUUCUCUCCCUGCAGGACUCGCAAAUGACAAGCUUGCCCUCAGUCUCUCGCUGGUGGAACAUCGUCCAAAGAUACAUGAAAAAAGCCGGCAAAAAAGAGACACGAAUUUCUUUAUCAAACCAGGUCUCGGACGAGGAAUGUUCCCUGGGGAAGCACCUUACGAGGUCCCAGGUCUCCGAGUUGGCUCACCGGGUUAACUCGAGACCCGGCGACUUGACUCUGGUUCUCACGGCCCAGGACGUUGCUGUGGAGGGCUUUUGCAUGAGCAGCUGCGGGUUUCACGGCUCGGACCACAGGCGCAACUUGGCAUUCCUCUGGGUCGGUAACUCGGUAACUCAGUGCCCGGGUCAGUGCGCGUGGCCCUUCCACCAGCCGAUCUAUGGCCCACAGGCGGAACCUCUGGGAGCGCCAAACGGCGACGUUGGCGUGGAUGGCAUGAUCGUAAAUAUCGCCAGUCUUUUGGCCGGAACUAUAACGAACCCUUUCGGGAACGGGUACUAUCUCGGCUCGGCUGACGCGCCGCUCGAGGCGGCUUCGGCUUGUCCUGGAUUAUACGGCAAAGGGGCGUACCCGGGUUACGCUGGGGAGGCCUUAGUGGAUUCUAGCACCGGGGCCAGCUAUAAUGCGGUGGGGGUCAACGGGAGGAAGUAUAUGUUGCCGGGAUUGUUUGACCCGUCUAGUUCUCAGUGCUCAGCGGUUGCGUGAGUGAAUAUUGCUUAUGGAGAGACACGUUUCUCUUAGUAAUUGGUGAUGCUUGUAUAUAUUGUAAUACUAGUUGGUCAAUAAAAUUAAUCA